GUUCUUUGUUGCUGCUACCUGCUACCUGCUACCUGCCACUGACUGCUGCGCUCCUCCACACGCGACACGACCAGGGCUUCGGACACAGCUCAACACAACAACCACACCAGUGAGGCCAGAGAAGCGCAUUCAAGAUGCCGAAGUUCUUCUGCGACUACUGCGAUGUCUACCUCACCCACGACUCGAUGAGCGUGCGCAAAGCACACAACAGCGGUCGCAACCACCUGCGCAAUGUCAUAGACUACUACCAACAGAUCGGCCACGAGAAAGCCCAGUCCGUCAUCGACUCCAUCACCUCCUCCUACGCCGCCGAGGGCCAGGCCCACAACAACCCCAUGCUGCCCCAGAACCAGCCAGGCGGCGGCGCCUUCCCGCCCGCCGGCAUGCCCUUCCCCCCGCCGUUCCCAGGGGGCAUCCCGCCGCCCGGGUUCCCGGCCCUGCCAGGCGUCGGCGGUCCCGGCGGGCCCUCCGCGCCCGGCGCCCCGCCAGGCAGCUUCCCCUUCCCGCCGCCCGUCCGCCCGGGCUCCAACAGCGCCUUCCCGCCCUUCCCUCCGCCUCCGGGUGGUGCUGCUGGCGGGCCCGGCGCCCCCAACAUGCCGCCUCUGCCGAUCCCCCCGCCUGGUGCAGCCGGCGGCCUGCCGUUCCCGCCCCCCGGUGGCCUGCCGUUUCCUCCUCCUGGUGCUGGCGGUGCUGGUGCGCCGCCCAACUUCCCGUUCCCGCCUCCUGGUGGGUUUCCUGGGGGCGUGCCGCCUUUCAAUCCUGCUGGGGGACCGCCUCCUCACCUGGGGCCUCCUGGAGGGGAGGGAAGAUGAUGACGCGGCGCUGGCCCAGGGUCCAGUUGUCAACGGAGCAGCGAGAUCGUCGGUCGGGGCUCGCACUGAGAGCUCCGUGUAUUGAAGCAUUCCUUUCGUGCGCCGAUGGCGGAUUGAGAUACAUGCCGAGAAAGCAUGGCUAGGGAGAAUGGCGUUUGGCGUUGGUCGCUUGCAGGAGCACAAGGUCUAGGCAAAAUCGAAAAGAGAGGCAUCGAAAUUGCUGGCACGUUCGAGUCGAAAGAUCACCGAGGUGUUCUAUCAAAUGGUGGCCAUUGACUAUGCCAGACAGCACAUGCUUGAGGUGCGGACAGCCGUCCUCGACGAACAACGCAUGGUUGAAGAGGACGGCGUUGGGAUAAAAGAUAAGCCUAUCCAUGCUUGUUUUCGCUCCGUUUUCCGCGCAGUAAAAACUUGUUCUCGGCUUUCCAGUUUGUAUGAAGCGCGUGGACCAAAUUCUGGCAGACAGGGUGUCACGAGCAGGGGCCUAGAGCAAGGCCGUCGAGAAAAAGCGCAAACUCACUGCACGCAGCCCAGCCCAGUGUGGCUUCAGAUAAAAUUGUUCGUCAAAAGGCCGUUAGGUAUCAUUCAUCAGCUGCCAGUCAGAUAGAUACAUGGAAAGGCUAUCUAUAGUGUACAGCGGGAAAAGGAUCAAGUCGUUCCAUCAUCCAAGUCGUCCAUCCGUGCUACCCUGACGUGCUCAAAAGCUAAAGCGAAGAGAAGAACGGUAGCAAAGACAAAUAAUUCCAAAUCGCUCUGUGCUCUCCUCCAUAGCUUUUCAGUGCUGCGCAAUAUGCAAAAACAGGGGAAAACACAUAGAAAUGAUUCUUUUCUGUAUCCUGUCCUCUCUCUGUGUGGAACAUCGCGAAAGAGGGCCCAAUGAGGAAAGCUGUCAGUCGUACCGCCUUGCCGUGCGCGUGUCAUUGAAAUCGCCAUGCUCGUCAAAAUCCAACGCCAAAGUUAAGUUGCCACCCAGCCCCCGAACUUGCCCUCCCAGUAAACAUUUGUACAUCCUGUCGUCAUGUAAUGGCACGGAGCGUAUAGGUGCGGGCAAUCAAAGAAAGCAGAAGUCCGCUCCGUACAAGAUAUGUCAGUCCGUCAUGAAAAGUAAAUCGCAUAAAUUCGUAAAAUGGUGGCUCGUGGGGUGGGCGUUUGGCCAUUACUGGCUGGCUUUUGUGCUCAAUGCAACUCCGGUGUGACAAGCCAAUCGAGACGGCAGUAUGCUGCGAGAGGCUGUUGCGGCUCUAAGUGUCUGGCCUGGACGCUACCGCAUUCCGUGGUUCAGCUCCCGUCAAUCCGUUGGGGCAUUCUCCGUGGCUGGGACAAGGCCGGCCGAUAGCCAUCUUGCCGAAUGACAUCUACCACGCCAUCACGAACCUCACGGGGGCCACUGAUCUUCUUCCGUAACUCGUUGCUGCGUUUCUCGCGUCUCUUAUCGCUUAAGCGCCGUGUCAGGGCACCCAAGUUCUGAGACAUGGACCAUCUCCUGGUCUCAGAAGUCCGCGGAGGUGUCGCCCGAUCUGCAGUACCGUUUGCAUUGGCACUGGCAUGUGAGCCUCUGAUACUGCUGAGGCUGUUGGAUCGGGACCAAAACAACCGGCGGCGUCCGUCUCCAUCAGGCGCGGUCGAGGGGCGUUCCGCUCUGCUCGCCUUGUUGCGGAGGGAGCCCACGCUUCCACGAUGCUUGACUACCCUCAAGUUUCCACUGGGGGUCCGCCUGAUUGUCCUUUUGUCCGGACCGCUAAUGAAGGCAUCCUCGUCUUGGAGAGGCAUGAUGGCAAAAGUCCGCUUCAUACGCUCACUAAGACUUCUCUUCGGUGGAGGAGGUCGGUUGUCAAUAGACGGAUACCGCAUGACCUCUUCUUCAUCCUCGCCCUCCAUGUCAUAAAUCCCAUCAUCAUCGUAGUGACUUGGGUAAUACGAUGGCCGCCAGUCAGGGUGAAGUCGGGUCUCGUCCAUAGGCUGCUCAUGUGGCAGCGAUUCGCCGUGUGGCUGGUCCACCUCCGGGUCGUCCAUGGUGCCUUUUCGCGUGUUCUUACCCAGGGACAAGGUCCUCGCUAGGAGGCCGGGACGAGUGUCACGGUUUGGAGAAGGCCCAUAGGAUGCAUACGAAUGCCGUCUUUUGCUCAGUGCCCGACGAACCAGGGAAGGCGCCUUCUUAGGUUUCUCGUCUAGGUCAUCGUAGAAGUUUCCCAGCAUUUUGGUCUUCUCCUCUGCUGGUGUUAAGCCCGAGGGAGUUGCAGGAAUAAACUUGAUGGCAGGAGGUUCUGGGGGUUCUCGGGGGUUCCGCAACGGAGAGUCCACGCUGUCCAGAGUGAAAGUUGGCUGCGCCAAAGGUGUAGAAGGCUCAUCCACAGAGAUGCCAUCAACCUCCGUGGUCGUGAUGGUAGGCCGGUUCGGCCUCUCUGUGGACUGGCUCCCGGGAUCGCCAUCCGAGCUUUCAGACGGCCUGUGGUCAACCACAAGGAUAGACCUGUUCUGGUGAGGAAACAUGCUGAUGGCCCUGGCUUCCCCGAUGUCCGCCGCCGACGUCCCGUUCGUUUCUACAGAAGCCUGUGAGAAUGGUGUAGCCUUGGCCGAGAGCAGCAAUUCUCCUAUCCUUGACGCCGACUGCCGUGGUUGAUGGGCCUCGAGUCUAUCCUGUUCGCCUCUCGGUUUGAAGUGCUCCAGAGACGGCACGGGAUUAACGGUGACCGCCGGCGGGUGUACCUGUUCGCUGUAACCCGACGGCUGAACGACGUUCCGUUCUGCCGCUGCAGGCGCAGGCUUGGUGGGAUAUCCGUUCGCUUGCAUAGCAUUGUGAGCUCUGAGGCUAUCCGCAGUCAGUGAUCCGGCCCGCGAACCAUUCCGCGAUGCGUCUCUUGAUUGACUUCGACUGCCAGGUUGACUCGUCGGUGCGGAUAAAGAGGACGCUCUUUGGGGGACAACAGGAGGAAAGUCCAUGGUGCGCUGCUGAUCUCCAGGCGUCGAGCCAUCCGACUCUGAUAUCGACCGGCCACGUCUGGGUGGGCGGUCAAAAUAGGGAGUCAAAUCUUGGCCAUUUGGCAGCUUGUCCAGAGGCACGGAGCCAAGGCUCUGGCUCUUUGAUCUCCUGCUGUCGGCUGACCGCAAAGAGCGCUCUCGACUGCUGGACCUAUUUGAUGAUUGGCGAUCGGGUACCACAACUACCGGAAUGCCGCCGUUCUUCCACACAUCACGACGAGCCUUUCGGCUGCCCACAGAGUUGACUGUCGAGUUAGACGCAUAGCUCUCGCGCAGUACAUCCUUGGCCUGGUCUGCAGAUUGCCGCCUGGAUGUUAGACUGUUCAGAGUCGUUGCUGAGCUCACAAGCGACGGCUGCCAAAUUGAAUCGCGCAAUGCAUCCACUCGCUUGACGUGGCGCAAUGUUCUUUGGCGGCGCGGAGGGGUUCCGACCAGGAUUGCUUCUACGACCGUUGAAGCAGCCGACUUGGAGGACAUUCCCGAAAGCCUCCUGCUAUCCGCACUUGUGACUGCAUCCGUAUUUGCUCUCUCCGGGGCUGUGAAGCUUCUUGAGGGGUCGGUAGAAUCGUAGGUAAGAAUUCUGCCCUUCAGCGGGAAGGCGCGCACAGCUCUUGUGGCAUUUGUAGGUGAGACAGUGAAAUCAUCUACAACCUCGUGUUGCCUUCCAUUGUUAUGCGCACUAGGCCGCCUCUUUCGCACGGUCACAUUCCUCAUGAGGUUGUCAUCCCAUUCCUGUUCGACGUCGUUGGGCGAGCUCCCGAAAUCGCCGUCAAAUGCGGUGAAGUCGCCUUUGGCCUUGGGCGUCAGGCUGUUGUCGUCGGCCAAGCUGGGUCCCAAACCUAGCCCAGAGCCUGAAUGGUUUUUCGGGGUGUGCCUUUCGCUACCAUUGGUUUGGCCUUUGGCAAGUCGGACUGUGACCUCUGAUGUUCUCGCAGACUGCGCGGCUGGACGCAGCGUCGACCGGCCAUCCUCCUCAUCCGAAGGCUCGGGGCUCUCCCUUGCAG